AUGCAGCGAGCCGGCGGCGGGGGCGCCCCCGGGAGCGGCGGCGGGGGCGGCGGCGGCGGCGGGGGCCCGGGCACCGCCUUCUCCAUCGACUCCCUGAUCGGGCCGCCGCCGCCGCGCUCCGGCCACUUGCUGUACACCGGCUACCCCAUGUUCAUGCCCUAUCGGCCCCUCGUGCUGCCGCAGGCGCUGGCCCCCGCGCCGCUGCCCGCCGGCCUCCCGCCCCUCGCCCCGCUUGCCUCCUUCGCCGGCCGCCUGACCAACACCUUCUGUGCGGGCCUGGGCCAGGCCGUGCCCUCGAUGGUGGCGCUGACCACCGCGCUGCCCAGCUUCGCGGAGCCACCCGACGCCUUCUACGGGCCCCCGGAGCUCGCCGCCGCCGCCGCCGCCGCCACUGCCGCCCGAAACCACCCCGAGCCGGGCGGCCGACGCCCGGAGGGCGGGCUGGACGCCGACGAGCCGCUGCCCGCCCGGGAGAAAGUGGCAGAACCCCCAGCGCCCCCGCCUGCGCACUUCUCCGAGACUUUCCCAAGUCUGCCGGCAGAGGGGAAGGUGUACAGCUCCGAUGAGGAAAAGCUGGAGGCACCCGCAGGAGACCCGGCAGGCAGUGAGCAGGAGGAAGAGGGCUCGGGCGCGGACAGUGAGGAUGACGGCUUCCUGGACAGUUCUGCCGGGGGCCCCGGGGCCCUCCUGGGACCUAAAGCGAAGCUGAAGGGCGGCCUGGGGACUGCAGCGGAGGAGGGGGCGCCCUCGACAGGAGUCCCGGCCCCCGGGGGCAAGAGCCGGAGGCGCCGCACGGCCUUCACCAGCGAGCAGCUCCUGGAGCUGGAGAAAGAGUUCCACUGCAAGAAGUACCUCUCGCUGACCGAGCGCUCCCAGAUCGCGCACGCCCUCAAGCUCAGCGAGGUGCAGGUCAAGAUCUGGUUUCAGAACCGGCGGGCCAAGUGGAAGCGCAUCAAAGCCGGGAACGUGAGCAGCCGCUCUGGGGAGCCCGUGAGAAACCCCAAGAUCGUGGUCCCCAUACCCGUGCACGUCAACAGGUUUGCCGUGAGGAGCCAGCACCAACAGAUGGAGCAGGGGGCCCGGCCCUGAGCAGCUCCCCCGGUGCCUGGGGAGGCACAGGUCUGCGAGGACACUGGGCUGGGCUCUGGGGACCACAGGGGCCCCUGCCGUGGUCCUGCCCUCAGAUGGGGCGCCGUCGGCAAUUGGCACAGCUCUGGGGGGCCCUCCUGGCAACCUGAGAUGUGGACCCUUUCUGGGUCCUGGGCCAUGCCAGAGGCCCCAGGCCUGGACUUCAGGGGUUCUCACUGUUGAGGAGCUGCUGGGACUGAAAAGGGGCUCCUCGGGCCUACAGGGUGCCCCUUCCUUCAACUGAUGCCCUAGAGUUGCUUCUGAGGGGUGGGAGGCAGCCAGGGUGAGACCUGCCAAGCUGGUCACAGCUCCUUAUUUAUUUUGUGUAAAGUUUGUAUAUAUGGAGCUCUCUGCCUCGGUCUGUCUGUGUCUUCCAGAGGGACUGGGGAAGUCAUGUCUCCUCCAGCCUCAGUUUAACCUCCCAGCCCCAGGGCGGGCACUGCCUCGCCGGUCUACAGCGCAGGACGUGCAAAGAAACAGGUUUCUGCCCCCUUAGGUACCCCUUCAGCACUCACCGUCUCCCCCACGUAACCUACCUCUGCUUCUGUCCUUUCCCGCUGCACUCACCGCUCACUGUUCCCACCUCCAGAUCUCACACUCCUAACAGGCACCGCUGCCUCCGACUUCAGGGUAGAGGACUCACUUGCUUCUGAAUUGAGAGGAAGUGAAGUGCUAGAGCCCAGGUUCUCAGGGGGGCUGUGUCCAGGCUGUCUGACUAGGUGGAGGCCAUGAGUCCUGUGAGGACCCGGGGCAGGCCAGGGGCUCACCCUCGUCACCCGGGAGCCUGACCAUCGUAAAUCAUCUUCUGUGCAGAGGACUUGGCAGCUCAGGCCACAUCUGCUGCUCUCUGACAUUCCAGACGUGAGGGCCUGGAGCGGAAGACCCACAUCCAGUCUUCUGUGCUUACAGUGCUGAUGGUGGUCUCCCUUCCCACCCAUCCUGCCCCAUUUGCAAGCUUAGGACCCCAGAUCCUCCUCUGUUUGAGAGCGCCCACUGCAGAGUGCAGGAGGCAGACAUGUGUGUCUGGUGGUUCUGGGAGGGGGUGUGCUGUGGGGGAAGCUACAGAGAUAGGAGCUAAAGGCUUCGGGGUGGGGAUUCUGUGAGCAAAUUAAGGAACAGCAAGCAAAUCAAGGUGGACAAAGGAGACAGACAGAUGUGAGGCUUCAGGGACACCCGCAGGGCACAGGGUAGACCAGGACAGAACGAGACAAGCUGAGGCUGCUGGCCGCUUCCCUGCCUUCGCAAGACGGGUUGCUGUCCUGUACCCAGAGAGACCGGCUGCAGCUGCUGUCAUGGGCCGCCUGGGAAGAAACAGGACCUGCCCUCUUCCUGAGCCACUGAGAUUAAAAGGCUCUGAGGGAGGCAGGUGAGCAAGGGGAGGGAAGGGCAGCCCCGGCCAGCCUCCUCACUGCCCCAGGGCAGUGUGCGAUGGGUCCCGGCUCCAGGCUGGUCAGCUGUCUAGUUGAUCACAUGUCCACUGCCUGCCUCUCCCAAUGGGACUGCGACAGCCCUUCCCUCCCAGUGGCUCUGGGAGCCAGAGGGAAGGGACCCUGGAGCUGUGGUUGGUCUUGAACCAGGGCGGCACAGCGCCUGGGCUGGGGCACACAUCCAGGGUCUCCUUUCUUCUUUGGCUAAAUUCUAGGAAGGCUGGAGGCCAAGAAAAAUGUAAUCCAGGCGAGCCCCACCCUGAUCUAGAUCGAGGCUGUCUGAAACCUUAGACUCACCCACAGAGGGAACCUACAGGGUGACAUCAUUCUUAGGAGAGAAAUCAGGCAGAGCGAGAUCAAGGAUCCCAGGAGCUGCUGUCACCUUGCUCUCAGGAAUCCUGUCCGCAGGUCUAAUGAGGGCAGGAGCAGAGGCCCUCAGGCUCUGUGCCCCCACCCUGGGGCUGGGGGCGAGGGGUGGGCAAGAACUGGCAAAGCCAAGGCGCUCAUCUGCCUUUUUUUUUUCCUGGCUUCGCCUCUGCAGCCUCCUGAACUAUCACCUUCUCAAGCGGCUUCUUUUCCUUAGGGAACCUAAGGAGAUGAUUAUUGCUAGCAUUUUUCUGAGCCCAGGAACCCAAUCUUACACAUACCCAUAGCUCUGUCUCUAUUCUGCCCUUAUCUUUGCUUAAGGCGCUUAUCAGCCUUUCGAAAGGGCCUGUGGAUGAAGAAAAUAAAAUCCGGUAUUCUCUCUGAAUAGCUUUACUUGGUUAAUUUCCCCCUGGCAGAGCCUGCCAGCCCACCACACCCACCACGCACAAGGGCCACCAGCAGGGUGGCGACAGGCGCCCUCAAGAGCAGGUACCCUAACCUGGCAAGUUCUUCAAGAGCACAUGCAGAGGUUUUCUCUAGGCCAUCUUUAUAGCGAGACUAAGGGACAAUGUGAGGGACAAGCAGGGGCCCCGGGUCCUGCCUCUGGCUUGGCGCGGGGGCUGGGGGCAGUCCAGGGGACUGUCCUGCCGUCGGCGGGCGAUGUGUCUCCUCCACUGGCAUGAGCCCCCCUCAUCCCAUCACGUCCUCAGACUCUCCUGGGCGCUGACCCCUGCACGCCUGGCUGUGGGGCUGGUUCCUGGACGACUCUUGCCCUCUCUGUGGGUGACCUCUGGCCAGCACAGGCAUGGCGUUAAUAAGGCUACUUGACAGCAUACGGAUGAAAACAAGGAGACCAACAGGAAACCUCUGUGAGGGUGAUGGGGAGCGGCGGGGAGCUCCCAGUGGGAAGCACCGGGCCAGUCUCCCCUCCGGGGUGGCUGACAGCCUCAAUGACACGCCUGGAGA